AUGUCAAUGGCCGAAGAACCCCAGGCGAUACAAGUAAUCAGGCUGAUCCUAGAGACGAUAUGGACUUUACUGAAAGUUAACUGCGAGCUGAUUAGGGUUUUCAUCACUUGGAUCCUGGCUCCGGAACCUAAAGACAUUUCUGAAGAUAUUGUUCUUAUAACCGGUGCUGGUCAUGGCAUGGGACGAGAGAUGGCGGUGCGGUUCGCUCGUCUCGGAGCCAAGGUUGUUUGCGUGGAUAUCAACCCUAAAGGCAACGAGGAGACGGUGAAUUUGAUCCGGGAAAAUAAGGGAAAGGCUUUUAAAUAUGAGUGUGACGUCACGAAUCGCCCCGCAGUGUUCCUGCUGGCAGAAAAGGUUAAAAACGAAGUCGGAGAGGUAACGAUCUUGGUGAACAAUGCUGGCAUAAUGCCAUGUAAGCCAAUACUGAAGCACUCCGAACUAGAUAUCAGGAGCAUGAUGGACAUAAACGUUCAUGGAAAUUUGUGGAUGAUCCAAGCCUUCCUACCCUCUAUGUUGGAAAAUAACCACGGUCACAUUGUAGCCAUGUCUUCAAUGGCAGGUAAAAUGGGCUUGAGGAACAUCGUACCUUACUGCGGUAGUAAAUAUGCCGUUAGAGGCAUAAUGGAAGCCCUGGCGGCUGAGCUGCAUGAGGAUCCAAGAAACACCAGCGGGAUCAAACUAACAACAGUGUGCCCGUACAUAGUGAACACGGGUCUGUGUCACAAUCCUCGUAUCAGAUUCCCUUCGCUGAUGAAGGUGGUAGAGCCUGGAGAGGCGGCCGAUCAGAUCGUGGACGCCGUCAGACGCAACUACCACGAGAUUACUGUGCCUAGCGACCUGUACUAUACUAAUAAGGUAAUUUUAUUCUGAAGUGAAUAUGAUCACAGCGCAUCUUUGACUUUCGGAAAGUUUGUAAACACACUAGCUUUAAAAGGAGGUUAUCUAUUGGAAAUAAA